ACGAUGUCGGCGACGGGGCCCAUCAGUAACUAUUACGUGGACUCGCUCAUCUCUCACGACAAUGAAGACCUCCUAGCGUCCAGGUUUCCGGCCACGGGGGCUCACCCCGCCGCCGCCAGACCCAGCGGUUUGGUGCCGGACUGUAGCGAUUUUCCGUCCUGUAGCUUCGCGCCCAAGCCGGCCGUGUUCAGCACGUCGUGGGCGCCCGUGCCCUCGCAGUCGUCCGUGGUCUACCACCCGUACGGCCCCCAGCCCCACCUCGGCGCCGACACGCGCUACAUGCGGACUUGGCUCGAGCCGCUGUCCGGCGCCGUCUCCUUCCCCAGCUUCCCGGCCGGGGGUCGUCACUACGCCCUCAAGCCGGACGCCUACCCCGGGCGCCGCGCCGACUGCGGCCCGGGCGACGGCCGCAGCUACCCGGACUACAUGUACGGCUCGCCCGGGGAACUGCGCGACCGCGCCCCGCAGACCCUGCCCUCGCCCGAGGCGGACGCCCUCGCCGGCAGCAAGCACAAAGAGGAGAAGGCCGACCUGGACCCCAGCAACCCCGUGGCCAACUGGAUUCACGCCCGCUCCACAAGGAAGAAGCGCUGCCCCUACACCAAGUAUCAGACGCUGGAACUGGAGAAGGAGUUUCUCUUCAAUAUGUAUUUAACCAGGGACCGUCGGUACGAGGUGGCCCGGGUUCUCAACCUCACCGAGCGGCAGGUCAAAAUCUGGUUUCAGAACCGGAGAAUGAAGAUGAAAAAGAUGAAUAAAGAAAAAACCGACAAGGAGCAAUCCUAA